GGGCGGCGCUGAGCGGCGGAGCGGCGGCGGGGAGCCAUGCUGUCGAGGAAGGGGAUCAUCCCCGAGGAGUACGUGCUUACCCGGCUGGCGGAGGAUGUGCCGGAGCACGCCCGGUACCGAGCCCGGGAGCGGCGGGCGCGCUUCGUGGGCAAGAACGGCGCCUGCAACGUGGCCCACAAGAACAUCCGCGAGCAGGGCAGGUUCCUCCAGGAUGUCUUCACCACGCUGGUGGACCUCAAGUGGCCCCACACGCUGCUCAUCUUCACCAUGUCCUUCCUCUGCAGCUGGCUGCUCUUUGGCAUGGUCUGGUGGCUCAUCGCCUUCGCCCAUGGAGACCUGGACCACAGCACUCGGCUGCAGCGGGACCCGGCCAGGGGGGCAGAGGGGGCCCCAGACGGCUUUGUGCCCUGCGUGACCAGCAUCCACUCCUUCACCUCCGCCUUCCUCUUCUCCAUCGAGGUGCAGGUGACCAUCGGCUUUGGAGGACGCAUGGUGACGGAGGAGUGCCCGGCCGCCAUCCUGGUGCUGAUUGUGCAGAACAUCGUGGGGCUGGUGAUCAACGCCAUUAUGCUGGGCUGCAUUUUCAUGAAGACCUCGCAGGCCCACCGCCGUGCUGAGACUCUCAUCUUCAGCAAGCACGCGGUCAUCGCCCUGCGGGAGGGCAAGCUCUGCUUCAUGCUGAGGGUGGGCGACCUCCGGAAGAGCAUGAUCAUCAGCGCCACCAUCCGCAUGCAGGUGGUGAAGAAGACGGCCAGCCUGGAGGGGGAGGUGGUGCCCCUCAACCAGAUCGACAUCCAGAUGGAGAACCCCGUGGGGGGCAACAGCAUCUUCCUCGUCUCCCCACUCAUCAUCUACCACGUGAUAGACAAGAACAGCCCCCUCUACGACAUCUCCCCUGUGAACCUGCACCACCAUGAGGAUCUGGAGAUCAUCGUCAUCUUGGAAGGGGUGGUGGAGACCACCGGCAUCACCACUCAAGCCAGAACCUCCUACCUGGCAGAUGAAAUCCUCUGGGGCCAAAGAUUCGUGCCCAUAGUGGCAGAGGAAGAUGGGCGAUACUCUGUGGACUAUUCUAAAUUUGGCAACACAGUGAAAGUGCCCACCCCUUCAUGCACUGCCAGGCAGCUGGAGGAGGACAGGAGCAUCAUGGACACCAUGCCAUUAUCCCCGAAAGGCACCAUAAGGAAGAGGUCUGUCAAGCUAAAGCCCAAGUUCACCAUAACCGAUGAGCCUUCCUGAUGCCUUUUGACAGGGAAACUCUGUUAGGGCUUUGUGUCUGAAAGAUCUCAUAAACUCAAAACACUGAGGUGGCCUCUGUUGCUUUUUUUAAAAUUCAGGUUGGUAGAACAAGGUAUGUUCUGGUGUUAUUUAUUGUGGGAUAAAUUUAAAGCUAAUUAUAUUUUUUUAAAGGUGCAAGAGAUUUCAAGCAGCACUGUAUGAGUAGGAAAAUCAUGAUCUGCAGCUUUAAAUUUCAGUUCAGACUGUCGUAUUUAGUUGCACGAUCAUUUUGUAUUGAUUAAUCUGCAGGUAAUUACAUAUUUUUCUCAAAAAAUAAAUGUAUAUUUAUUCUUGGAGAUUGCAGUACUUAGGGUCUUGCAGUGUAUGUCCUAAAGUCGGUAGAUUUUAACUGUAUUUUUCUAACUUGAACAAUCAAUAUAGCAAAAUAAAAUAAUUAAUAAAGUCAGCUGAAUUUAAAUGAUAACAAAAAGGUCAGGCAGUGCUAUGUAUGACAUAAGACCAGAUCUAGGACUGUUUGUGCUAUUACACUCUAUGUCUUAAAGAAAUUAACUAGUGGAUUUGCUUCAUCCAUAUUGUAUAGUAUGAAGCCACUCCUACUACAUGCAAUAUGAAAUGUAUUUGAAUAUUUAAUUUUGUUUAUUUUAAAACCCUUUACACUUCCCAAAUAAA